CCGGCCGGCCCCGCAGCUCGGCUGCACCGCGCGCUCAGACCUCCCGGCUCGACUGGCGGCGCGGGCGGCGGUAAAAUGUCUGUUCCAGGAUCCUACCAGGCGGCCGCUGGGCCUUCCUCGGUGCCAACUGCACCCCCAUCCUAUGAAGAGACGGUGGCCGUCAAUAGUUACUUCCCUAUGCCUCCUGCCCCUGUGCCAGGGCCGACCACGGGGCUGGUGACGGGCCCGGAUGGCAAGGGCAUGAAUCCACCAGCCUACUACACCCAGCCAGUGCCCGUCCCCAACGCCAAUGCAAUCGCCGUGCAGACCGUCUACGUGCAGCAGCCCAUCUCCUUUUUUGACCGUCCGAUCCAGAUGUGCUGUCCUUCCUGCAACAAGAUGAUUGUGACCCAGCUGUCCUAUAAUGCCGGUGCCCUCACCUGGCUCUCUUGCGGGAGCCUAUGCCUGCUGGGGUGCAUCGCGGGCUGCUGCUUCAUCCCCUUCUGUGUGGACGCCCUGCAGGAUGUGGACCACUACUGUCCCAACUGCAAAGCUCUCCUGGGCACCUACAAGCGUUUGUAGGACUCGGUCAGACCUGGAGGGAGCCGCGUGCUGCCCGGAGUGCUCUGCAACCCUCACCCGGCCCCGUUCCGCCUUGGUGGCCUCAUCUCUCCAGGGGCUCCACCCUCGUGUCUUCUUUUGGGGGAAAAAAUAUAUCGCAAAAAGUAACACACCUCCAAAAAACCCCAGAGAUUGCUGCUUGGAGUCGUGCGCAGGACAUGCAAAGACAUUCACCUUGAAUGCUGGUUCCCGCCUGCCGUGACCCCAAGGCACCCCACCUUAACUGUGACUGUCGCCCCUGUCUGAAUAUCUUCGGGUGGUUUGCCAUGGGCCAGCUUCGUUUACUGGCCUCCGUGGGCCUUCCUGGGGGUGGUCUCAAACCGAGAAGCUGCGGCUUGCCUUAUUUUUGAGACUGUUCUGGCCCACAGACGGCCGGCCCCACCUUCAGUGCCUGCCACCAUGUGCAUCUGUUCCCACUUCCAAUGACAAAACUCUUGCCUUAGAAACAAAGGGCUUGCCUCUCAGAGCCUUUUCGUUAGCACACAAAUUCACUUUGAUUUCUUCAUUCCUUCUUUCAGCACAAGGAGGAACAAUUCACACCCACCACAUUUAUACCCUUGAGAUCAUAAAUACGUGCUAGAAACAUGUAGGGCCGGGUCUUGACCAUGGAUCUUUUCCUCAGUUCUCCGCACCAGACCCUCAGCCACUUUGCACGAAGGGCUUUUUUUCUAGUAGGGGAGUCAUUUAUAUUCACCAUUUUUAUGACCCCCUUUUGGUCUUUAACACCUUUGAACAUAAUUUUGGAAGGAGGGAUUUAUAGAACCAUUUUUCUUAACUGUAGGAUUGUUACUACUUUCCUACUUCCCAAGGAAGGCACUCUUUUUUUUUUUUUGGUUCUUAACAGAAAAAGCAACGGAUGAUUUUUAUCCAUGGCCUCAUGUGGGUUUAGUGCGGUUCUACGAAAACCUCUAUAAUGGAACUCUUCAAGUGGGACCCCUUUGGGGUUCCCAGUUGUGUGUUUAGAGAAACAGGAAAGCACAGUGUGAGCAUCCAGGUACCAUGGUGCUGGAGAGCUUGGGGACUUACCUGUUUCAAAGGAGUUUGAAUUCUGACUUUAUUUUUCAGAGAUACCUUUCGUUGUAUGGCAUCAGAAGACAUGAUUUCUAAGACUCAAUCAGCAAACCAGAGUUCUCAUUUAGCUGCUGCAUCAGCUUUGAAAACAAGAUAAAACUGGGCUCGAGUUUCGAGUGUCCCCAUUUUGAUGAUAAUAGACACAGAGAACGCACAUGAAUGAUAAUACAUAGAAAGGAAGCCUAGACCUGGAACACACACACACACACACACACACAAAUGUGUAUAUUGGCCGAAAAUUAUAGUUCUAACCAGUGAUCCAGCUUAUUCUUUUGAUAUUUUGAAAGUCCCAGUAAUUAUUUUUGCAAUGAAUACGGAUACGACAUAGUCCUUUGGUGUUACCUGCUUUUAAAAAAUAAAGUCUUAAAAAAAAUAAAUUAAAAAAUAAAAUCUUUGGUUCACUCGGUGAACUAUUUAUAA